GUUUGUGUUGUGGUUGUGAUGAUUAAUGAUAAAAACAUUUCUUGUUCAUUGCUUUUUUUGAGCUUGUAAUAUUUAAUGAAUUUUUUUUUAUUUUUGUGAGGGGUUUGGGGGUAGUUUUGUAAUGGAAUUUGACUAUUUUGUGUAGUGUUGUAGUAUAAAGAGAGCGGUUUGGGCCAGAGCUUGAAGUCGAUGAAAUUUUGUAUGGAGUCAACUUCGGAAAAUCUCAAGUCGACUUUGAGCUCUGGUUUGGGGUCAAGACUCAAAUAUCUUGAUUAUAGAAUUUAUUUCGUACCCUUAACUCAAGCGAUACAUAAUAAAUGAAUGACUUGAACCCAAAAACCGUGUGUUUGGGAAACUAAAUGGCUACAAAGGGGAGCCUUGUGCGAUUGCUUCUGUAAAUUCAUUAAAUUAUCAAUUAAAAUCUUGAAAAUCAUAAAUGAAUUCCUUAUUUUAAGAUUUGAACCCAACAACAUGCCUUCAAAUUCUAUUCCUCAUCAAUCUACAAAUCCAGAAACUUUCUCAAAUUAACCAAUCACUGGAAAUAUUGUUCACAAUUGAUAUUAAUCCACCUCUAAUAUACGAAUACAAACUAAUAAUAUUAUUCAUCAAUUCUAUACCACACCCCGUAAUUUAAUAGAAAAACUUUUCAUUUCGCAAAUCAUAAAUUUCUUUCCCAAGAUUCAUCAAUUCAGUUCCAGUUUCUCUCAAAAAAGACUUCAAAAAAGAAUGAAACUAAAAAAAAACAAACAAAAGUAAAACUGAUAUAUUUCUUAUUUUUUACCCCCCACCAGACCCCUCUGUUCCUCAGAAUAUUGUUCAUCUCCAAUUUUUUAUAUAAGCCUCAAAAACUUUUCGCAUUUUUUAUUCUUCUCAUUUUAUUGCAAAUAUAUUGAAACGUUUUUCAUAAAUAUUUAUGAAUAUUUUGCCUUUCCUCUACACACAGAUUUUUCAUUUUCAUGAAGUUAUUUACCUCCUUUCAAUAUUUUAUUCUCACUUAAAGCCACAAAAGUUGCAUUAACAUUUUUUUUAUGUACAACAAAAAUUCAUAUGUGCUCAUGCCGUAAAAGAAAACCUUUCAAUAACAUUAUUGGAAAGUCUUGCUGUGCUUUCACAUGUGCGAAUAUGCGAGUGCAUUAUUAUAAGCCAUGAAAAAUCCAUAAAAACGGUCUGAGAAAUAAAUAAUAAAAAAUAUAUAUAUUUGGGAAGAAAUAAUUGUGGAAGAAACAGAACAGGCAAGAAAAAUCUCUUUUUAUCUGUUUUGUUUCCAGGAAGAUGCAGAAUAACAAGAAGGAAAGAAUUAUGAAGGAAGUAAGGGAUGAAUGACGCAUUAUUAUGAGUUUUUAAGGGGAUUUGAAGGUGUAGACUUAAAGUGAUGGAAUUUAAUGAAAAAAAAAAUCAUUAAUAACUUUUGGAUGUUCAGAUUUGACUGCAAACUAUGUAAUGAUUCGUCAGUGUAUGAUCUAGGAUAUUAAUCCAUUUAAAGACUAUUCUGCUCGUAGAUGACUUAGAACACUGUGGCAUAGUGAGUUGGAAAUAGAAUUCUGUAAUACUGGGUUUAGUUAAGACGUGAGUUUGAAUCCUACUAGUGUAUCUAGUCAAAUAAGAUGACUUUUACAGAUCUAGAAAUUAAUUUGACUAACUGGUUUAGGUUUGUAUUUUAAAGCUUUAAUUACAUUAAAUGAUUAGAAGUCAAGCUAGUUUGGGGUCAAAACAAGAAAUAUAAUUUGUAGUAGGAUCUUACCCAACUUUAGUUGUAUUAAACAAAAAUUUCAAAUUAAAUUUAAAUGACUAGCUUUAGUCAAUGAAUUCUCAACAUAGUGUCGCGGCACACAUAGUUUUUACAUAGAUUUUAUAUUCAGAAAGAGGGUCUCUAAGAUAAUAUUAAAAAUCGAGCCCUACAGUCUAUUUCUAUUUCCCACUAUCACCCCCCUAAACUCCUGUAAAUUCUCAUCAAAAACCACAAUAAAACACACAAAAAGAACAAUUUUCUUACAAUUCAAUUUUCAACAAUACCGCAAAACUACUUCAAUUAAUAUCCAAAAGCACACAACAAAAAAAAAAGAAUCAAAACAAAAAGAGAUGAUCUCAAUAUUAAAAAAUUUAAUCCCUGCUAUAUUCGUUAUUAUUACAGCAAUUGCUAUGAGCUGUGCAUUCACAAAAAAAAGAAGAUUCCUCUCUUGCAUCCCAAUAUUCCAAUUUUUUAAUUUCUUUCUGUUCAUUUCAGCGUUAAAAGAUUAUCUGAAAUGAAAGAAACUCGCGGCUUUCAUGCCACGAGCAUAUCUUGCUAUGGGAUUUAAAAUAGCACAACCAAAAAAUGUUGCUUGUUUACAGAAAAAGAGAAAAUAUAAAAAAAAAAUUAUCAUUCCUACUUCUGACUUAAAAUAACUGACCGUAAAUAAAAAUUGCUGUAAAAUGCCAUUUUAGUUAUACAGCUGCAGAGGCACAAGGACCACAAGACGAAACACAGAGCAAGAAAAAAAAAAUAUGGCAAUAUAAAUGGGUAAGUGAACUCGCGCCACAACUGAUGAUGAUGAUGAUGAUGACGACGUGGUGGUGGUAGCAGCGGUAUGGUACAGUAAAGUAACAGCUACAAAAGUGAAAUUUAUGACGGGUUUGUGGUGGAAAAUAAAUUUUUAAUGGUACUUUUGGUGAAGCAUAUACACACACAUUUAUAACUCGUAUAUGCCACGAUGAGUGCCAUAAAUUACAUAAUUGGAUGAGAUCACAUCAACAACAGGCAGCAGCGGAAAUCUGAAAGUGCUUAGAGAGUUCCAUGCUUCCUUGCAUUCAAUAGUAACAAAAAAAUGUUCUCCUUCUUGUUAUAUCCCCGGCAAAAAAUAUACACGAAUUUAUCUAAUUUUCGACAUUUCACGACGAUAAAGGCACAACUAAAGCCAGCCGAGUGCACAUGUCGAUAAAUAAAAAAAAAGAUGAUUUUUGUUGUGUAUGGAAUGGGGUAGAAGAGAAUACUAAUCAACAUAUGGAAUGUAAAGAAGUAUGGAGCAAUCUGGCAAGAGCAUCAAAAAGAAAAUGAUAAUCUACAUCAUAGUGUAUUAGUGAAUGAAAACCUGGCAAAGCUAUGGAAGCUGAAUUAUUGAGGAAAAAUAUUUAUCAGAAAAAUCAACGAUGUGUAACUUUUCUUGCUUGCUGUUCAUAAUAAAAAAAGACAUGAGAUACAGGAACAUUAAAUUUGAAAUUUAAUUCAAGACGUCGCCAAUCUUCGGAUCAUUAAUCAGAAUGAAUAAAGGCAAAGGAAGUUGUAGACAUGAGAGAUGAAAUUAUGUAUUAUGCCCAUUCUAUACUCGGUACAUUAACAUAAUAUCAUAAACCUUCCCACCUCAAAUCCAACUUCCUUCUUUCUCAUCUUUCGCCUCAAGUCUUAUCAUAUACAAAAUGGCAUGGCAAGAUGGUAACGGCAUGGAAAUUUUUUAAGGACAUAUACAAUCGAGUGGCAGAUGAGGCAUGACAAACUACACGCUGAGGAAUUAUUUUUUUGUUUUGUGGACUUGAUGAGGAGGCAAUUGAUGAGGCUCAGAUGCUGAUUUAUUGAAAUUGAUGAGUUUUUUGAAAAUAAAAUUUAAAGUUAAUUUUACUUAAGAAAUUGUCAAGUUUUACUUUUACUGCUUUGUACUGCCUUGUUACUGUUGGAUAAUCAUUCCAAGAUGUGAAUUUAAAAUUGAAACUUUAAUAAAAAUAGUUAAAAAAUUAUUUCGAAUUUUUUGAUUGAUUCUGAUGAUAUAAUUGACUUUCAGGAACAUUUUAAAUAUUUCAGAUUGACUGUCUUAUUAAAUAAAAGGUAGGUCAUGAUAGGAGCAUAGUCAGAAGGACCUCAAGCCCAAGUCCCCUCUUCUUGAUAUCAAAAAUUCAGAUUUUCAAUUUUUCUCCAUAUUUUUUAUCUGCUUAAUUUCGAAGAAAUUUCCUCAAACCGUACCUGUAGUAAGAUUAAAGCUGCUUAAAAUUGAAGCAGGAACUAUCAAAAUUUCCAGCCACCAAUACCAAUCUCCAUCCAAUUCCCACCAGUGUAUAAUGAGGAACAAAGAACAAGAAGAGUAAAAUAAAGAACAAAAAAAAAAUUAAAUUAAGAUAACAAGAAUGGAUUUGUUUGAGACACACAUAGCUCUGGCAUCUGAAAUUGAAAUUUGUGUCCUCACUCAUUCAGAUAUGCCAUAUACAGCACUAAAGAAAGGCGAAAUGAGAAAAGAUUUUUUUAUCUACCUUUAUUUUAUACCAUCGCCAUCAUCUCAUUGCACAUAUAAAAGGGAAGAAAUGAGCAUUGCCAAGAGCACAGAGGUGAAAAGAAGUGUCAUUAAUCUCGUCACCUUUUUUAAGUAUCACAAGCUGAAAAUUAUUGCUUUUUGAGAAAGAAAUGUAGUAAUGAAGAAGAGGAAAAAUAAAGAUGUAAAUUCCUUUCAGCUAUUCAUUAUGACAUGAACAGAAAUAAAGUUUGUUUGGAAAAUGAUUGGGAAUGGGGAGGAUGUG